UUUGCGAAUUCAGCGUGAAAGUUGCAUAAUGGAUUCAAAUGCCAAAAGCCUUGAGCAUGAAAGCAAAGUGGUUGUGAUUUUGAUACCUUUCCCUGCACAGGGCCAUCUCAACCAGUUUAUGCACCUCUCACGCCUAAUCUUGUCACACAACAUACCAGUCCAUUAUGUUAGCACUGCCACACACAUUCGUCAGGCCAUACUUCGUGACAACAACAACAUUUUAAAUAUCCAUUUCCAUGGUUUCGAAGUUCCACCCUUUGUUUCCCAUCCUCCCAACACCAACAAUGUAGAAGCCAAAUUCCCAUCUCACACAGUUCCUUCCUUUAGGAUUGAUGUUUCUGCACAUCUUCGUGAGCCUGUGAGGGAACUUGUUGAAUCCUUCACAUCUCAAGCCAAAAGGGUCAUAGUCAUUCAUGACUCCGCCAUGGCCUCAGUGGCACAAGAUGCCACAAACAUGCCAAAUGUUGAAAACUACACUUUUCAUUCCGUGUCCGCCUUUACCAUCUCAACUUAUGCUUGGGAGAAAAUUGGAAAGCCCUCACGUGAAGGCUUGCAUUUCCCGGAACUCCCUUCUCCAGAAGGAUGCUUCACUACCCAGCUCACGGAUUCCUUUAUUGCAGAGACAGAAUUCCUUAAAUUGAGCGACGGUACAAUCUACAACACAAGCAGGGUAAUUGAAGGUGCUUACAUGGAGUUCCUAGAGGGUAUCAGUGGUGGCAAGAAGGUUUGGGCAUUGGGGCCAUUCAACCCUUUAGCCAUUGAGAAGAAAGAUUCAAAAGGAAGGCACUCAUGCAUGGAGUGGCUUGAUAAACAAGAGCCAAAUUCAGUUAUAUAUGUGUCUUUUGGGACCACAACAACAUUGACUGAGGAACAAAUCGAGCGAAUUGCAACUGGGUUGGAACGAAGCAAGCACAAGUUCAUUUGGGUGCUAAGAGAUGCUGAUAAAGGAGACAACUUUGAUGGAAGUGAAGCAAAAAGGCGUGAGCUUCCAAGUGGGUUUGAGGAGAGAGUUGAAGGCUUGGGGAUAGUUGUGAGGGACUGGGCACCCCAAUUGGAAAUUUUGAGUCACACUUCAACAGGGGGGUUUAUGAGUCAUUGUGGAUGGAACUCAUGCUUAGAGAGUAUAACUAUGGGGGUGCCAAUAGCUGCAUGGCCUAUGCACGCUGACCAACCAAGAAACACAGUUUUAGUGACACAGGUGCUCAAGGUUGGUUUGGUUGUGAGGGAUUGGGCACAAAGGAAUGCGUUGGUUCCUGCUUCAGUUGUUGAGAAUUGUGUGAGAAGGUUGAUGGGAACAAAGGAAGGUGAUGAAAUGCGAGAGAAAGCAGCGAGGCUUAAAACUGCCAUCCAUAGGUCCAAGGAUGAAGGUGGAGUUUCUCCCAAGGAAAUAGAUUCUUUCAUCGCUCAUAUCACUAAAUAGUUUUAUCCAUUGAUAUUAGUUUGGUUACUAGUUGAAUAUGAAAAAAUUCAACAAUUCAUGAAGUUUAAGCAAAAUAAGUUUGGCAUGAGAAUACACACCUUUCUUGUUGAUUCAAACAUUACCGGGUAAA